AUGGGUGUCCAAGGCCUUUGGGAUGUUGUUGCCCCUGCAGGCCGACGUGUCAAUCCAGAAACGCUUGAAGGGCGGACCAUUGCGGUUGACAGUUCAAUAUGGAUGGUCCAAUUCAUGAAAGCCAUGAGAGAUGCAAAUGGGAACAUGAUACGGGCUGCCCAUCUUGUUGGAUUUUUCCGCCGUAUUUGCAAGCUGCUGUAUUACCGAAUUCGUCCUGUUUUUGUAUUCGACGGUCCUCCUCCUCCAUUGAAAAUGAGAACCCUGAUGCAGCGGCGCCAAUUUCGUGAACAGCAAGAAAGCAAUAUCAAAAAAACAGCCGAAAGGCUUCUUUUAGCACGUUUAAAGCAGAGAGUUUUGGCCAAAGCUGCCGCUGUUCGGAACUCCCAAACUCCAAAGGCAGACAAUGUGGAGAUUUCAAGUGGUACUCCAACUAGCACACAGACUAGCGCGGCUGUUGAGACUGUUGAAUCAACAAUCACUCGUUUUCGUCGCCAAAGGGAAGAGGAAGAAGAGAUUGAGGAAACCUCGAGUUCUUCGAAACGGCCCAAACUGAACGACGAUGAUCAAGAGCCAAACCAGAAAGAUCUGUUCACUAUCGACAGCGACGAUGAUGAUGUAGAUCUUGACGUAAGCGGGGAGGCACUCACCAACGCUGCAAACAGGAGAGCCCGUCGGGUCGCUUACUAUAGCAGCAUUCCAUCGGAGUUCACAGGAUUCCUCUCCGGACGUCGCCGUCUUGAUGACAUCCAAAUCGCUCCAUCUGGGAUUGACGGCCUUCUCAAAAUGCCUGAAUCACUGCUUCCGAAGCGAACUGGAGAUGAUCAUCCUCAAACAUCUAAAAUGUUCAGAGAAGCAGAUGACUUCAAGGAGUAUCGCGUAGUUUCAGAAGAUGGAGUAGAGCACUUCAUUCCAUUGCCACUCGAUUCAGGAAUUGAUCCUGAAGUUUUCAGCCAUCUUCCGCCAAAAAUGCAGUACUCGAUUUUGACACAAUUGAAAGAUGCCUGGUUCAACUAUGCCCGCCUCAAAGCAGUUCAGUCCAAAGAUGAUGUAGGAGCGUUCAGCAAUAUUCAAAUUGAGUCCUUUUUGAGACUCGUUAGAACCUCUCAAGAAAUCGAAAAAGUUAAAAAGUCAAUGGCUGAGCAAGUGCACGCUGAGACUAUUGCAUCAAGUUCUUCUGAACCGAGCGCCUUCCUUCGAACAGAAGACGCUGAGUUGCAGAUUGACUCCAACGAAACAGAAGAGCCCUUGCUGCAGUUACCUGAAUCGGGAGAAGUGCGAAGUCUGGCAGCCCAAUUGUUGCCCGAUCCCUUGAAUGGAGCGCUCCACGUUAAAGGAGGCCCGCAAAACAGUGCAUAUGGGAGAAGAGGGCGAAGAAGAAAGGCCAUCCAACAUUUGAAUUCCGACUUCUCCAUGCCUUCGUUGCAGCCGCUCAAAGGAGUGGAAGCUCUGGGUGAAAUGAAUGAUUGGCGGGAUCAGUCAGUGGUCGAUCGUGAUUGGCGGGCUGGUUGGUCGAAAUUGAAAAGUAAUCCAAUUGAAGCAUUUCAGCAUAUUGGAGACGCUCUGAGCGUGAAGAGACAAACACAUCAAGAUGUUUCGAUGAGGGAAAAUGGAGAGGUCAAGGAAGAAAUCGGCAACGCGAACGAAGACUUCCACCUGUUUUAUAAUGAACUGAGUGUGGAAGAUUUGUUUGGAAAAAAUGAUGCAACGGAAAACCCGAGUAGUGAAGUUGGACCGUCAGACAAAGAGUCGCCCGGCACAAGAUCGAAAAAGCGAAUCAACAUGGUGAGGAAAACUGACCCGUUCAAACAAGCUGAACAGAAGGAUGUUAAGACAAGCGGCUUCAAAAAUACUGGAGAAACCCCAAAGCCACAAGCAGAACUAGUGUAUCCCUCAAUACUGCAGCAGGAAAUCCCACCAGAAAAACCACAGCAAAUGUCUCAAAUAGAAGCAUCACCAUCAGAAGGACAUCAGGUAGAAAAAUCAAGGAAUCUCGAAAGGGGGGAACCAAAAGUACUAAGAAUGCACCAUUCACAACGAACAGAAACAGGACAGCCAGAAAUAACAGACCCUCGCGGAGUGCAACAACUGGAAGUAGAACUAUCAGAGCUGGAGCAUUCAGAGUUGAAGCCUCGAGAAAAACAUUCAGAAUCACGUCAAGCAACUCCCUGGUGCGAGGACGAUGAUGAAGGCUGGGGGGACACCGAGUUCGUCUGUGACGCAUCGAAGGGAGGAGAAGUAAUUAGGGAACAGACUGUUUCAGCCCCAUCCGUUCCAUCUUCUCCAAGCAUCGCUGAGGUUCAAGAAAAAACUCCGAGUUCAUCUGAGCCUGAAGUUGAUGGGAGAAGCGAUGUCGAUUCGCAUAGGGUUGAUUCGGAAGUUGAAGUAGUGGAGACGGAGACCUACAAUGUGAAGUCGCGGGAAAAAAUGGAAUUAGCGAGAGAUGAUUUGGGACAUCGUCUGCAAGAGAAAACGAUGAGCGAGAUCCUUCAGGAAGAAACAGAUCAAUCAGAUGUUGGGAGUACCAAGCUUGGAAUCCAAGAGACGAAGCCAGGAUUAAUCGAGGGUUUCUCUGAUUUGGAUGACUUUGCUGCAGAAUUGGAAGAAGAAGCAGGUCGUUUAGAGUCGAAGAUGCUGACUCAUAAACGAGAUGCUGAUAUUGUAACUCCCGAAAUGCAUGAUGAAAUUCGUCAUUUAUUGAGACUUUGCGGAUUGCCUUUCGUUAAUGCUCCUGCUGAAGCGGAAGCUCAAUGUGCUGCCCUCACGCAAUUAAAUCUUUGCGAAGCAGUUCUCUCCGAUGAUUCUGAUACCCUUGUUUUCGGGGCAGCUCAAGUAUUUCGACGGUUUUUCGAUUCGCGAACGACAGCUGAAAUGUAUGAUCUCGAGGAGAUUCAAGACAAAGUUGGAUUAAAUCAAGACAGUUUGAUCUUGAUCGCCUUGCUAUUAGGUGCAAACUUUGGUGGUUUCCGUGGUCUCUAUUAUCCUUUUAUUCAGGAAUUGCCGUUGGUCUAUUCUUUCAUUCUUAGGGGAUCGGGAAUUCGACCGGGCGAUGAUCUUAUGAAAAAGGUCUACAAAGACGCACACAAACGUUAUCGAUAUCAAUGGAUUUUUCCAGAAGUAUUUCCUGAUUAUGAAGUUUGGACAUCCUUUCGUGAACCAAACGUGGACCGAUCGGCAGAAACCUUCACUUGGGGAAAUUUGGAUGUUGAAGGAAUCAUGAAAUUUCUGAGAAUCCAUGCAGGUCUCAAUCGUGAAGUUGUGAUAGAGACGCUUGAUCCGGUCUUAAAACGAAUCGAAACUCAUCCGCGAAUAUUAAGACAGCCAACAAUCAAAGAGUUUUUUAGACCUCGACCUCUUACCGAUGAAGAAGCAGUAGCGAAAAUUCGCUCGAAAAGAAUGGAACGUGUGAUUGAACAGAUGAAGAAGAAAGGAUCAGCAGUUGCUGAUGAAACAUCUGGUUCAUCAACCAAAGCAAAAUCGAAACCACGAGCAAAAGCCAAAUCAUCGCCGAAGCCAACGCGUAAAAAAUGA